AUGGAGGACCAGGAAAAUGAUAGUGAGAACAAAGGAAAUUUAAAAAAAUCAGACAAAUUGAUGUUCUACGAAAAUAAUGAAAUAUUGGCUGAAACCGUAGGUGAAAACGGGGCAAAUAUUGAUGGUGGGCAAAGCGAUGGAGGUAGCGAAAUAGAAGCAGAAGUCGUUAGAAAAAUGGCAGAUAAUGAAAAGGCAGCACAGGAAGCUGCAAUGGGGGAGCCUCAAGAAGAGUAUGAAAGUGCCAAUGCUGACAAUGGAGAAGGGGAAGCUAAUUCGGACUAUAAAAAUAUGGAAGCAGAUCAAGUCAAUGCUGCAGAAGAAAUUGAAGCUAACAAAGCCACCGUUCCCUGUGAUGCCACUUUCGAUGUGCGCGUAGCUGAAGAAAAAUUAAAUUCCGUACGUAUUGAUUGGACUCAUCUGGCCGAUGCGGAGGUGUACAAAAUCGAAAAGUUUCAUCGCAGACGUGGCUGGGAGCAAGUGGCUUGGGUUGGUUAUGCGCCGACUACCAUUCAAAAUCUAGCUGAGAAUUUCACUUAUCGCCUACGCAUCAAGGCGCAACGCUUCUGCGAAGCGCGUGGAGUGUUUGAAGAUUACAAAAUGUCACCAGAGUUUUUGGUCACCACUCAGUCACCAUUGCCAACUGCAUUGUGUCUACAUCGCGCCAUCAAGAAGGGUCAACAAUUUUUGGUAAAGCGCAUUUUGCGACGCCGACCCAGUCUAUUGGAGUAUCCCGGCUCCAAUGGCUACUUGCCGCUGGCGAAUGCUAUCAUCAGCGGGCAGAACAGCGUCAUAGAUGUGCUUUUGAGCCUCGGCGCCAGUGUGCAUGUCGGUAAUUCGCUCAACGCGCGCACACCGCUGCAGUUGGCUUUCUAUCAUGGUCGUUUAGCGGUGGCACGCAUUCUGCUAAAUCGUAAGGCCCAGCUGGAGGCGGUUGACAUUAAUGACAUGACUGCCUGUCACUUUGCCGUUGAUGCUAAUCAAUUGGAGUUGCUUAGAUUUGGGCUUGAGAAUGGCGCCAAUGUGAAUGCAGCCGACGCUUGCGGUUGGUCAUUGCUGUCACGUGCAGUCGUUAUGGGUGCUGAUGUGUGUGUGCUAAAGUUACUGCUGUUGCAUGGCGCUGAUGCGAAGUCAAUGGAUAAACUGGGCAAGACUUGUGUGGAUUUGGCGCAAAUUUACAAGAAUUCUGUUGCUGCGGAUUAUUUAACUAAAGUCUUGCGACCGAAGUAG